UGAUGAAACGUUAAGUGAUGAUAACAUUAAUACAAGUUCCAAUAGUGAUAGUGAUACAGAACACACUAGUAAAAAAUUAAGAACCAAAACAAAAUCACGCAAAAAUGAAAGUUGGGUUUGGAAACAUUUUCGCAAAAGACUACCCUCAAAAAAAUGGAAAAAGCGUGCGAAUUGCACUGUAAUUAUACAAGAUAAAAAAUCUCCAAAUAGUCAGCGUGAAUGCGGACAACUAGUCAAGACUCAGGGCUCAACAGGCAACUUUCAAUCCCAUUUAAAUACUUAUAGAAUUACUAAGCCGAUUCAGAAAAAUAGUACAACUCCUCAACUAACAAUUAAUAAGAUGUUUCAAUGUACUGUUAAACAGAAUUCUCGCCAAAAAGAAUCUAUUGAGCGUGCCUUGGUCGAAUGGAUAGUCACAAAUUCACAGCCUCUUCAUCAUGCUAUUAAGUUAAUGAAAGCGACCAUAAGUGCUGAUUCUGAUUCUAAUAUUCAUAAAGAUGCAAACCGGCUAAAGUCUAUGAUGAUUACUGAAGAUGAAUGGAUUGUCCUUGAGGAAUUGACUAUGCUCUUAGCACUCUUUGCCGAAAUUACUGAAUUACUAGAUGGUAGCAAUUACUCCACGCUUAGCUUUCUGUGGCCAGCUAUUACUAUUCUUACCCAAAACUGUGCUCUAUUAGUAGUUAGUACAAAUGCUAAAGAAAUCGACUUAAUAGAUACGUCAGAUGUAUUUGAUGAUAUUGAAAAAGAAAAUAUAAUUAAUUUGGAUGAAGAAUUAGCAACAAUUACCACUAUUGAUGGAA